GUGGUUGAGGUCACACCCAACGAGUAUAGCUUCAGCUCGGCGAUGAAAGCUCUCGCUUCGGCUGUGCAGUGGCGGAGAGCCCUGCAGACCCUCGGCCUUGCACAGGACCGGCAGUCUUGCAACGUCAUGGGCUUCAGUGUGGCCAUGGGGGCCUGUGUGAAGGCGACGCAGUGGGCCGAGGCUCUGGACAUCUUCUCGCAGAUCUGGUGGGCCGAGGAGUCGCCCGACACGCUUUGCUACAAUGCCGUCCUCAAGGCGUGCCAGGCUGGCCGAAGCUGGGAGUUGGCAGUGGAUCUGCUGCAGGAGAUGUACGUCACCGCCCUGCAGCCGAACACUUAUAGUUACAUCUUUAUGCUUGGAUCCUUGGCCAAGGCUACACAGUGGGAGAAGACCCUGGCCCUCUUUUCGGACGAUCCCUGGCUACGCUUGGCAGCGGAUGCUGCGACAUACAAUGCAGCUGCACCGGCCUUUGCCCAGAGCGCACAGUGGAGAGCAGCCGUGCACCUCCUGGGCCAUGCAUCGGCAAAGGGCAUCGGCGUCGAGCGUGGAGCCCUGGAUGCAGCCCUGCGCGCCUGCGAGAAUUGCGGACAAUGGGCACAGGUGCUGGCGCUGCAGCCCUCGCUUCAGCGACUCUGCCGUCCAGAUCCCGAAGAGGCGGCACUCCUGGAGAUGACCCUGGACGGACCCGGCGAGCUCACUGAGCCCAUGGCGAACGCACUUCGAUUUCAGUGGCUGUAUGGCUACCCCGGUGUACCUGAGGGCCAGGACCAGCUGACCCACGGCUUCUUCAAGUAUUUCGCAUCCAUGCAGGCGAUGACGGCACGCCAGCUGCUGUGGCUAAAUCCUUCUGCCUCUGCUGUCCUGGACCCAUUCUGUGGAUCUGGCACGGUCCUUAUCGAGGCAGCGCUUGCAGGGAAAGCUGCUACAGGCUCGGAUGCAUCGCCUUUGGCGGCCUUCGUGGCGCGACACCACACUGAUGUGGAGCGCAUCAGCUUGGACGAGCUGCGAGCUCAGGCGAGGGCCCUGGCUCCGGACGAGAAAGAGCUGAGCUGGGACGACUUGAGAGGCCGCCUGCGUGGUUUACCAGAAGAUCCCGUGACGUCCGCCCUUUGGUUCUGCCUCCUCGUCGCCUUGCAGCGCGCAGGCGACGGCCAGGACGUCUUCGCUUUGUCGGGCUCCAAAGGCUUCGUGGCGUCUCUGGGCUGGGGAGAUCCGCCACAGAGGCUUUGCCGGCCGAUGUUCCUCGGCACCGUGGAGCUCUAUGGCGCUCAGCUGACUGCACUUCGAUCCUCGAUGCCUUUCCCGGACUUGGUGAGAACCGGCUGUGGGGAUGCACGGACGCUGCAGCUCAGCCGACCUGUUGAAGCCGUGAUCACCAGCCCACCCUCUCCUGGCGCCUACAGCUAUGCUAAAGCCGCUCGCCUGAGCCAGGGCUGGCUCGCCGGCGCUGCUUCCGAGGACUUGGCCGAGGUCUUCGGUCGGUCUGAGGAUGCCACAAGGAUGGGGAGCAUGGAGAUCGGCAGCCUUUCGCUAAUGGAGACGGCACCUGCGGAGUUUGCGGCCACCUGGCGCAAGCAGCAGGAAGAGUGGCUGCAAGCCGUCUGGAAAAACCUCGUCCCCGAGGGCACGGUGAGCAGUGAAGACACAGAGUCGCUCGGCAGUUCGUGGUCACAGCUGUCCACAUCCGACAUCGAUGACGACUUCCCAGCCCGAGAAGUGCACAGAAUCCGCUGGCUAGAGCUGAUGUACGCAACACGAAGCCGUCAAGACUGGCGAAAGGCAGCCAGUGCCAUGGCAAAGUCUUACUGGAUGCUGCAAAGACGAGCUCGGAUCUACGAAGCUCGCGAGAACCAGAAGGCAGUUUGCCAGAUGUCUGAGAAGUCAAAGACCCGCGAAGGUGAACGGGAUUUGGCUUGGGCAGAGCAUCUCCACCAGCUCAAGCAGUGGGAGAAGGAAGUCCAAGACGAGCUUGAACAUCUUGAGCCCCUGACGUCCAUCCUUGUCAGCGAGGGCAUCCUUGCCAACGCGGAGAAUCUCAAGGACGACGAAAUCCUACUAUGCGAGUGGUAUGAUCAGUGGGUGACGGAGCUGAACGAGUUCACACCGGCUUGCUUUAUGCAGAUCGUUACCACCUUGUCGGUGGAGGAUGACCAGCGAAGCCUACAUAACUUCUUGGAGAGUUUGAGCAUAGAUCUCAGUAUGUUUGGAGCCAAUCGUCGUAUGCAGAGCCUUCGGGCCGUUGCGAACAUGGGGCCUGGCCCUGACUUGAGUGAAUGGGAUCGAUCCAUGCUUUGGGAUAUACUCGAUGGCAAUCUUGGCCGCUUCCGCGUCGCCUUCAAAGAAGGCCACCAGAUGACUCCGAUGCAGUUGCAGGCAGCAGAACUCGGAGGUGACGACAGGUUCCAGGACCGCAGCUGUGGCAAUGUCUUCUGCGAUGCGGGCUGGUGUUUGUCUCGCAGGGGUGUUUUUCGGAUCAGCUACAGCAUCACACCCGCAGUGCGGCUAUUGAGUUCCAGCGACAUGGACCUGAGCCGAAUGCUGAAGGUGCUCUUGGACACCGGGCGAGAGAGCCAAUCCUUCACGACUGUUCUCUCCAAAUCGCUCCUCGAUGAAGCACUGGAACGAACUUCCUUGUCACGGGCCGUUGCGUGGUUGGUACACGCGGCAUACCUGGUCAUCGUGCUGUUUUUGAGUAUCGCUUCCAACACCGAACACAAGCCCGCGAAGACGGUGCAAGUUUGCUUUAUUCUGCUCAGCGCAUGGACUGGCUACUCAUACACCAUGAUGCUAGGCGGUGGGAUUGUUCUAUACAAGUCGAUGCGAGGCGGGUUCCUGGCUGGCGUGGUCAAGCAUGCGACGCUCUGGAACUUGUUCGUGUUCCAGGCCGAGAUGUUCGCAACCUACUUUGCGUGUCGAUCUUUCGUUGUCAUGGUGUACGGUGACAAUGAAGCUGCCGGGCCACUUUUUCGCCAGCGCCCUCAACUCCUCUCCUUUCUGGUGCUGGUCCGCUGGUAUCACGUGGCAAUUGGCCUAGUGCAGGUAGAGCGACUGGGCCGGUACAUCGUACCGGUUGUUCACGCCGUUUCUAGGCCCGAGUCCCUGUCCUUUUUGCUUUUCCUCCUGAUCGUUGUGCUUGGGUCCUUUCAUGCGUAUUACGCAUUUCCUGUCAGGGAGAACACAGGCAGUGGAGAACAUGUCCUGAACAAUUUCUUGAAGAUCUUCCAGUUCGAAAUUCUGGGCGAUGUCAGCAUUAGGGACUUAGAAGACGGGCCCAGCGACAGUUUCCAUUACAGCCUGAUUGCAGAGUUCCUCGUGCUGAAGCUCGCAGCGACCGUGGUGAUUCUUAACGUCUACAUCGGCCUGCUUGGCGACCUUUACGGGAAGUCGGUCGAGCAGAAGACCCAAGUGCACAAUCGCUACUUGGCAUGGCAUGCAUACCGACACCUCUCGCACCUCGGCCGUCCAUCACGUUACCAUGAAAAGCCUGCUGCCCCUUACACCGUCAAACUCAUGUGGGUCACCUACAGCAGAGAGGAGACAGUCUCCUGA